CAUGCACUCGCUCAUCUCAUGCAUGAUGUCUUCACUUAGUCUAGGAACACAUAUCCUUGCUGUCUAUCUCAUUUUCCUAGCACCUCAAAUUCAAGGAGGCCAGUUUCUUCGGACCAGCAAACAGACAUGGUAUGAACAUGUACUUGGAUCAGGAUAUGAGAAGGACAACCCUUAUCACGCUUCACAUGUAACAAAUGCGGGUAGCUACUUUGGGCUUGUUGUUACUAUGGACGUGUAUGGAUACAAUCUCAUUCAUGGCCAAGUGAGCACAACAACAAUUACUGUUGGUAACCUGGAGGGCGACUUCAAAUCAAACGAGGACGCAAUUUGGGUUGGAUGGCAAGUUUACCCAAAUCACUAUGGUGAUUCACGUACUCGGUUCUUCACACUUUGGACCAGAGACGCUUAUCGUACUACAGGGUGCUUUGACAUGGAGUGUCCUGGUUUUGAGCAGACAAGGGGAGCGGGACUAAAACCGGCUGCAGUAAUAGAUCCAUUGUCGCAUCAUAAGAUUACAAUCAAAGUGCUUCAAGACAGAAGAACUAGGGACUGGUGGAUACAUGCCGGUUUUAAUGGUUCUACACCAGUUAUUGGGCGUUAUCCGGCAAAGCUAUUCGAUAGCUUAUCCAGGAAAGCAACUCACAUUGGAAUGGGUGGUGUUGUUGGAGUGGUUGGGAGUACCCCAACCCCUCCGAUGGGCAGUGGGUACUUCCCCUCUCAUAAAUCUGCUACAAUCACCGAUAUUUCAUACAUUGGAGAAAAUGGCAAACUCACACCAUUUUCUCUUAAUACAAGGAAAGUAGAGACUAAGAGCAGUUGUUACUCCGUCUCACCUAUUACGAAUGCCAGGUUCUCUUAUGGAGGGCCUGGAGGUUGCUAUGCGCAUGCUUAGUAUAUUUAUCAACCAAUUACAUGAGGUGUCCUCCAUCCAUGUUGUAAUAAGACAAUAAUAUAACUUCUA